GAUAAUAUAGAAUCGAAAUGUUGCUUUUUAAAUUGGUUGAAAACAAGAAAAUCAGUUAGAAACACUAAAAUUAACCAAGUUCAACUGCAGUGAUUUCAAAGAAAAUAACAUAAUUAAAUUGGGGAACUUAAAACAAUUAGAUUUGCCAUACGCCUCAUGCACAGAAAACUUUAUACAAGAUUUAUCAAUGCUAAAGAAGUUGAAAAUUUUAAAUAUACCUGGUGUAUCAAUUAGUAAUAAUUGUAUAUUAAAAUUUAUCACAAAGUCGCCAGUUAUUGAAUUUAUUGAUAUAUCGGAAAAUAUACAUAGCCAGGAUUGUGAAAAUUUUCUCAAAAAUAUUAUUGAAACUUUGAAAAACCAAAGUCGAUGUAAACCAUUGACCUUAAGAAUGAAAAUGGGAGAAGAUUCAACAGAGCCUAAAGAAGAAAAAUCAUUUCUGAAAGAGAACGGAAAUAUUUUAAGAAUAGAUUAUUCUGAAACAGAUUUUAUAAUGAAACAGUUUGAUUCUGAUUUUCGUUUGUUUCCCGAUGAUCAUCAUUACGAUUCCGAAUUUGGUUAUAAUUGGUACCCUGGUGAUAGGGACUCUAGCAGUGAUUAUGAAAGUACUUUUUGGUAUAAUCAUUGGAGUAACCAGUGGUAAACUAUGGUAAAAAUUUUUGUAUUUGUAUAGCCAUAUAAUAAUUUUAAACGAGGUAGGUAUAUAUGUCGAAAUAAUAGUAUUAACCUGCCUAAUAGCCAAUCUUUUAAUUUAACUUGUUUACGGAAAAUCUCAUUUAAAAAAAUAUUUGGUUAUAUUUUUACCGUAAUUUUCUACAGAACUUUGGUUGUGGCUUGAGGUUGAAUCUUUUAAGUUUAGAAAUUUUAUUCAAAAUUUAUUUGAAUUUAACUAAGUUAAUUUUUCAUUUUAUGUUUAGAUAAUCUGUUGCUGUAUUUCAUGGGAGUCUUGUGUUUAGAUAACCUGUUACCGUAUUUCGUGGGAGUUUUAUUUUCUUAAAACGAAUUAAAAUCUUGCGGAAGGCUAGGUUUUUGAAAAGAAGAACAAGAAGGUAACAAGCUGACUUUCUUUUUCGAUAAAAUAUGAAUUUAUAAUUUUUUUUUUUUCAAAUUUUCAAAAUAUUUAAUUUUAUGUAAUAAUUAAAUAUUUAAUGUAGUAUUUUUGAAUAAUAGAAUACAAGUUGGGGAUUUUAUUACGAUUUGUUUUAUUUUUUUUUUAAAUUAUGAUUUUAUUAAUUUAUGUUAUUUGUGAAAUUUAAUUUUUUUUCGAGUACAUA